AUGCUCCGUUCAACCCUAGGGGCGAUGGCUAUCAGUCUUCUGCUGGGAGCAGCAGUGGCUACCUAUGACUGGCUCGAUUUUGCGUUUGGAGCGGAUACAACAGGCAGUGCUCGAAGAUCGGCUCUUGUGAAGGGCAUUUUCCAAAUGCGGCCUACCCAAGACGCGAGACACAAGGAUGCUGAAGCCUGUCGUUUCUACUUGGUACAAGACCAAGGUUUCGGUCGCUCAUACUGCAUCACACAAGUCUGUCUCAUUGUCUAUCCCCUUGACUGCUUCCCUGUGGACAACAAAGUUCAAACGCAAUUGAUCGAUGCGUUCCUGGAUGAUCUUGCGGAAACCCUCAACGCGGUCCUACGCAGAUUUUCUACCGCGUCUCUGUGGGAUGAGACUCGGCCCGACGAGGCUGGCCAACAGAACGUUCAAGAUUAUCUCCAGGAUACUUACGUCAACAAGAACGUCCAUGACUACUACUACUAUAACACAGAUGAAUUCCGAAGGACAUACGAAGAGCGAUACCAAAAUCGACCUUACCGAGAUGAGGGCAUGCAUCAGCUCAACGUGUAUAAAAAAUGGGUUCUGGACUCCGCCAUGCAACGAAAUACAAAUUUAGCAUUCUUGAUGAUGCCAACCUCUAAUUCCAUGGUGAACUACCGAGAUGCCCCUUCACCUCCAGUGGCACAACCGACUGGGUUCGAUCCAUUAAUCCUAUCACCAAUCCUGGGCGCUCCAGACGUUGUCAUUCCAAUAGGAGAAUACGAGUACGACUCAAGGAUCAGUGGACGGAAGGAAUUCCUGCCGGUCGCCGUGGAUGUGGUAGGCCUCCCUGGCUCAGACCUCCAUUUGAUCGAUGUCAUUCAGCACUGCCUUGAGAUGUCGGCGCGGCCAACAACAGUCAGCACUCGCCCUGGAAUGCUCAAUGACGACACCUGA